AUGGGUCUGACUGAAGAGAUCGAAAACAAUGGUGGCAUAUGGGCUUUGGAGCAGAAGAUCGAUCAACCAAUGGACGAAGAGGCUGGUAGUACAGUUCUUCUGUUUUUCCUUGGUGAACAAGGUACAGGUACAACUGCGAAUAUCACCCAUUACAUAUUCAACAGAAGUAAAGGAAAAAAAGUAAUUGAUGAAGAUCCUGAUUUGGAGGAAGAUGAGCAGCUUGCCAUGGCUAUUCAAGAAAGCUUGAACAUCAACAUGAACUCACCACCACGAAAUAACCAUGGAAGCAUGUUUCCUCGUUUGCCAAGUUUCUUUCCAAGUGUAUACAAGAUAUGUGCAGGUUGCAAUGGUGAAAUUGGUCAUGGGAGGUUUUUAAGCUGCAUGGGAGGCGUUUGGCAUCCAGAAUGUUUCCGUUGUCAUGCUUGCAAUAUUCCAAUAUCUGAUUAUGAGGUCCAACUCUACUCCAAUUCUUUAACAAGUUUUCCAUGUCUGACAACCGUCCGUUCCACAAAUCAUGCUAUAAAGAACAUCCUCACCCAAAAUGCGAUGUUUGCAAUAACUUUCAAAGACGUGGGCUUAGUGAAAGAACUCAUGGAUGAUUGUUUGACUAGUCAACUCUCCAAUUCCCUUCGUCUACACGAUGUUGUUUCUGCAUUGGGCCCCAUGUAUGAAGGUCAUGACAACAUUGGAUGCAAAAAAUUGCAGUCUCAAAUCAACCACUUGGAAGGCACUAAAGAUGUGCAUCCUCAGUUCAGUCCUUGA